AUGUCCAGUUUAUUUCGUGGUAUUUUGCUUCAUGCGAAGAACGUAGAAAGGUGCGGGCAGCAAAUUUCGGGAGUCACGAACUUGCUGACUCGCAAGCUUCAUUCUACACGUGUGACGAAGAUAAAUUGGAGUGCUAGGUUCCAUACUUCUCAAAGAUUGUAUAAUGCUUCGGCUGCGCAAGAAAUCCCUUCGAUAGAACAAUACCCAUCGGCAACCAUAAACACUUCCAACCAGCGUGAAACCAUAAAAAGCUCAAAUCCUCCUUUAGACUUUCCUUGCAUAGAUCAGUUAGCAGUUCGUAGUAGAUCCUUGGACGGUGGUCCGGAGCCAGCUUAUGAAAACAUUGUUUCCGGAUAUUCAGUUUUUCAUCAUGACAAACCAUUCUUAUGCGAUUUCGGCGGUGCCUUUCCUGAACUUGAUAUUGCGUACGAAUCUUGGGGCGAAUUAAAUGAAAAAAAGGACAACGCGAUUCUGAUCCAUACCGGAUUAUCUGGAAGUAGUCACGCUAAGAGUCACAAGGAUAACGUUCAUCCCGGGUGGUGGGAGCAAUUUAUCGGACCCGGACUUUCCAUCGAUACCAGCAAAUUUUUCGUUAUCUGUACUAAUGUGGUCGGUGGAUGUUAUGGAUCAACCGGUCCUUCGUCGAUUGACCCUUCGGAUGGUGAACGUUAUGCAACCCGAUUUCCCAUAGUAACAAUUUUUGACAUGGUGCGAGCACAGUUUCUAUUGUUGGAUCAUUUAGGAAUUGAGAAAUUGUAUGCCAGCGUGGGCAGCAGUAUGGGCGGAAUGCAGUCUCUGGCAUCGGCGUGGAUGUACCCAGAUCGUGUAUCGAAAAUUAUCAGCAUAUCUGCUUGCGCGAGGUCACAUCCGUAUUCCAUCGCGCUGAGACAUACGCAAAGACAGGUUUUGAUGUCAGAUCCCAAUUGGAAAAAAGGAUUCUAUUACAACUCAAUUAUUCCGCAUGUUGGAAUGAAGCUGGCACGUGAAAUUGCCACCAUUAGUUAUCGAUCGGGUCCUGAAUGGGAAAGCCGGUUUGGUAGAGAGCGAAUAAGUGAAAAUACGCCGGCGUUAUGUCCAGAUUUCUUGAUCGAAACUUAUCUCGAUCAUCAGGGUGAACGUUUCUGUCUGCAAUACGAUCCAAACUCGCUUUUAUAUGUCUCUAAAGCGAUGGAUCUAUUUGAUAUGUCUGCGUCUUCAUUGGAAGCUACUAAAAAACGGCGAGAGGUUAACACGGAAAAGUUUGAAAAGCAUGGAUUACGGGGGAUAUUGAAUGAUCAAUCUUGUAAUGUAAUUGAGCCGAAAACCACACAACAGGAGAAACCCAAGCGUCGACACAUAUCGUCGUUGUCCCUGACGAAUAGUGAUAGUAGAAAAGAUCUUGUAGAAGGAUUGUCGACUAUCCAAGUACCAGCUUUGGUAUUAGGCGUACAAUCAGACAUAUUGUUCCCGUGUUGGCAACAGAGGGAGAUUACCGAUUGUCUGAGAGAAGGAGGGAAUAAUAAUGUGACAUAUUAUGAAUUGGAUUCUAUGUAUGGGCACGACACAUUCUUAAUCGACCUGACCAAUGUUGGUAGCGCCAUUAAAGGACACUUGGAGUUUGGUGGUUAA